AGGCCUGUGGUUGCUUCGGUGAUGUCCUGGGUUCAAGCAGCUCCUCUAGUUGGUGGUGGUGGAGAGGACCGGGAGGUGUUUGACGAGGAAGCAGACGAGUCGCUCCUGGUGCAGCGGGAAUGGCGGAGCCAGAUGCAGAGACGAGUCAAAGAAGGCUAUAGAGAUGGACUAGAGGCUGGCAAAGCAGUUACCCUUCAACAAGGGUUCAAUCAAGGUUAUAAAGAAGGUGCAGAAGUCAUUAUAAACUAUGGACAACUCAGAGGAACUUUGAGUGCUUUGCUGUCCUGGUGUCACCUUCAUGAUAAUAGUUCAGCUUUGAUCAGUAAAAUAAAUAAUCUUCUGGAUGCAGUUGGCCAGUGUGAAGAGUCUGUACUCAAACAUCUGAAAUCAAUCACCCCACAGCCCCAUAUUGUAGAUUUAUUGGACUCCAUUCAGGAUAUGGACCUUUGUCAUGUAGUUCCAGCUAAGAAAAAGAUUGAUGAAGCUAAAGAUGAAAAACUCUGUGAAAAUAAUGCUGAGUUUAACAAAAACUGUAGCAAUAGUCCUAGUGGGGUAGAUUGUCCAUCUUUACAAUGUUGUGGAACACAGGAGCGUACACAUUCUGAAAACCCAAGCCUCACUUGGAUUUUAGAACAGACAGCCAGUUUAGUAAAACAGCUAGGAGUAUCAGUAGACAUAUUACAGCAUCUCAAACAAGUAUGAAAAUUAUCUUUACUUUUCUAAUGAAAAUAAUGUUCAGAACCUUCCUUAGAGCAUUUUGUUUCUUAACAAGUUUAUCAAAAUGUGUACUGGUUUCUACACUGAACACUUCACUGCCCUUCAUGAAAGUUUGAAACAUCUGAAGAAUUAACACUAUUGAACAUAAUACAAGCCUUUUUUAUCUGUCAGUGGUAAUUUUUAUGUAGUUUAAAAUGUGCUCAGAAAUUCCAGUUGUCAUUGUCAUUUUCACAUUUCUGAUCAAAACAAGCAUUUUCAGACUCACUAGCAAAUGUAAAUAAAAUACUUUGUAAGGAUCUAACCGUACUUUCUGCUCUGUCACCAUCAGUUAGUUGGGACCUCAUCUCCAGCUAGUCAGACCAAAGUUACCAAAAAUAAUGGCUAACAGUGUAAAUAGAUAAACAUACAUAUACAGGGUGUCCCAAAAAAAUGUAUCCACAACUUUGGAUAAUUAUAAAGCCGCUGUUUAGUAAAAUACAUUUCACUUUCAAAAUGUAAUAGAAUCUACAG